GUAAAGCUAGUUUGAAACUCCAAAAUCAGACAUGUGCGUUCUGUCUAUCAAUUAGCACAAUCGUCAUUUUUCGAAUGAUUGGCCAGUGGUUUGAGAUCUCUUUAGUAGUAAGCAAGUGUAGUGCAAUAACCAUGGCUGGGUCCUACGGCAAGAAUAAGAAGAAGAAAAAGUCCAAACCCGUGCGUGAACCUCGAAAUGUCGUUCUUAAAAAUGAAUCAAAGAACCGGUCCCAAUGACCGAUUCGACUGCAUCGGACCCUAUCCCUAAUAAACCGGUCCCGCAGGCGUUGAAGUUGGACCAAGCUAAGAUAGAUGCCCUCCUGGAUCAGUUGGGAUCCACGGUGAUCACACCUGAUCUUAGUCCACCUCAGUCGGAGGGGUUUGAGACUGCGUCCGAUGGACAGUUCAGCUUCCAUAGUGCUUGCGAAUUCCAAUCCGACCCGGAAAACUUCAUUUCCCCUCCAUCGUCACCGGAAAGACUAGGAUCGAUUUCCGACUCGCUCGACGAAGGUGUUUGGGGUCAAUCCGAUGUGAUUGACAAAGAUUGGGUGGUCUAUACCGAGGAUGGAACUAGGGUCGUCCAUAAUGUCAAGUGCCAAAAUAUUCGAGCAUCGGAUAUGAGCGUGGGUGCACGAACUGAACAGAAUGGCAAGCCCAAUUCCAAAUCCAAGAAGCUGACCUUGGAUCAGAUCCAGCGGUGCCUUAAACCAGGCCUAGCUCGGAAGUGUACUUGCAAAUCCUCGCCCACGAUCUCCAAAUGUCGAGAGUGUCUUGAAGUGGAAGACGUAAUUCAAUUGGUUAUGGACCAAACCAUUGGAACGUGUACUCGUCUCAUAAUGGAUCUUCAAUUAUACUACAUUCACGCAACAGCUAUGAUUGAUGCCUUCGACCCAGCUCUGACUCGGUGCAAAAUCUGCCUCGGACAAACUGUUGCAGAUUGUCCGUUCAAUGAGCCGUACGAAACGGUGGGAAAACAUCUUUACGAGGCCAUAUUCAAAUCAAGCCGCAUCGUGUUCUUCGCCAACGUUGUCCGAAAUUGUCAAUAUCUGGAUUUCUCCUUGGAUGUAGAGAGUUGGUGCACUCCUUCGGCAAUCCAAAUGAGACAAGAGGGCUCGGUGAAAUUCCAUUUUGAACCAUUCAGGCUGCGUUUGUACGCCAUUGCCACUUUUGAAAACGUCUUACUGAAGUGUACCGAGUGGUUUCUCAAGCUUCAAAUAUUCAUCGCAAAUCCGACCAAAGAGGCUCUGGGGGCUGAAGCUCGUCCGCUGACCUCUUUGGUCUUGAAUUCUGAACUGGUUUUACUCUUGGUGAUCGGCUUCACCAAUCGGCUGGGCUUCUUGGGCGUAUCAGCCAAUGACAACACUCCUUCCAUGUGGCCAACCAAACCUAUAGCCAAAUUCGAGGCCUUGGAAAUGCUUGGCUCGUUCAGUCAAGCUGCCGUGGAAUUGGUAACAAAUGUCAAAAUGGUCGAUGCCCUGGGGGAGAAACUCACGGCUCUCGAAGUGAUCUAUAACCUUCACCGAUUGAAUCCUGAUGGAUCGAGUUUGGAAAUGUUCCUGGAUUACCAAUCGGCCUACGCACGAAGAAGAACCAUCUGUUCCCUCUUUGUGGACGUUGUCGAGCAUUACCAGGUGUAUGUGGACUAUCAAUAUGAUUAUUUGAGAGGCACUAACCCUGCUGUAGAGGCAUGGGAACAAUGUGAAAUGGACGAGUGGCUGUACCAUUUCACCACCUACUGGAACCACCGAUUUUGGAGAGAGAGCAAGAAACUGAUUCGCAGCGUGCCCAAGCUGAGAUUGAUCAUGGAAAAUGUCGAGAAGAAGGACAAUCCUUUCAUGUGUCCAGUGACGGAGAAAUUCCUUGAACUAGUGUCUCGUUGCAUGUUUUGUGGAAAAUGCAUGUCUCCAACACCGAAGACCUGUGGGAAAUGUUCCAUAGCUAGAUGUUGUUCCGGCGAGUGCUGGGACUUGGUGCAGGAAGUGCAUAGCUUGAUUUGUGAUAAAAACCCUGAUGUUGUCUUAGAAAAGUUUUCUAACCUCAGUCCCUACGACUUUUCUGAUGCCAUGCGAGAAAUCUAUCGACAUGAAAAUCCUCAAAAGUAUCAAUCAUGAAGCUAUGAAAGUCGGCCAAAUAAUGAUCCGCAACAAUGGCCAAGCUAUCGCCAGCGAUCAUAUGGAUAUCGACAAUGAAUGGUCAAUAUUUUCGAUGAAGUGCAUUAUACUGGAAUAUAAAUGUUGUCAACUGGA